CGGUGUCACGCGUCUCAACUGCUUCGACUUUUCAUUUGAAGCAUGCCUGUCCCUCUAGAUCCCCCAGCACCGGCAAAUUCUGUACAGCCCGGAGUCACAACAACAUUGUUAUACAACGGUUCUUGCUUCAGGGGUCACCAAAAAAGCAAGGGUAAUUGCUACGAUGUCGAAGUCGUAUUGCAGUAUGUCGACAUGGAGAAAGCUUACCUCUGUGGGUACCUGAAGAUCAGCGGUUUAACAGAGGAAUUCCCUACACUGACAACGUUUUUCGAUGGUGAAAUAAUCAGCAAGAAACAUCCAUUCUUGACGAGGAAGUGGGAUGCAGAUGAAGAUGUUGAUAGAAAACACUGGGGAAAGUUUCUUUCCUUCUACCAGUUUGCGAAAAGCUUUAACAGUGAUAGUUUUGAUUACGGAGAUCUGAAAAAUACAGACUUUGUUUUCAUGAGAUGGAAGGAACAUUUUUUGGUGCCCGACCACACAAUAAAAGACAUCAGUGGAGCAUCAUUUGCUGGGUUCUAUUACAUCUGCUUCCAAAAAUCUACUGCAACCAUUGAGGGUUACUACUACCAUAGGAGCUCAGAAUGGUUCCAGUCUCUAAACUUAAACCAUGUGGGGGAUCGCAGUAUUCCGAUCUACCAGUUCCGAUAGAACCAGUCCCCUCUCCCACCCAAGUAGCUUUGCUCAGUCUUUGUCACUAUAGAAACUGUUUAUACCAUAAAGAUUCAUUAUACAUGUAGUGACAUGAUAUCCAAGUUUACAAAAACCGUUGCUUCAAAAUAGGGCAGGUAAAUCCAUUCUGCUUGUUGGUAACAUUUUUUUACGGCUUAUAAUAUGUUAAUUUUCUUGAUUUUUACCAAUAUGUUCAAACAUGUUUGAUAUAAAAAAGUAUCGAAAGAGUUAUGACAAUAGUUCCAGUUAGGAAAAUGGCUCUGUGUCGAUAUGUAUUUUUGUUUGCUCUGUAACCAUGGUUAUGUGGUAUAUGAUUUUGUGUUAUUUAUUAUAAACCAGAUUGCAGUAAUUAUCCACCAUUUAAGUGAGUUUUUUUGUGAUAGCCAGUGUGAAUCUUAUGUACAUAUUCUGCAAUUUGUAUAAAAGUUUUGGUAUGCAUUAUAAUUGGUUUAUUUAGCUCCUCAGAACCCACAUUAACCAUGUUAACAAAUAACCCUGACAACAACAUUAAGACCACAAUCUAGUCUGAUGACUGACAAGUAUUGAUAAAGGAUUCUGUUCAAUACUUUAAGGUAUUACCUCAAACUAUUAUUCUUAACUGCUUGUUAGAAGUGAAUAGACGAGGUACAGUCCGGUGAUAGAUUGUAACAAUUUAACCAAUGAUUUGGGUUUUUACAUGCUGAUGGUUGUGUGUCUGACCAGAAAGUUUUCAAGCGUCAUCCGAGCAGGUUAGUUGAAAUUUUCUGACAGAAGAGGUUUACUUAUAAAUCAGGUAGAUAUAUUGACAAAAUGGAUCUAUAACAAAAUGUCUUCCUCUCAGUAAAGUUGUUAUCCAUAAAUUGUGUCUACUUCGUCACCCGUCAACUUCUAAUUAAUGCCUAUCAAACAAUUCAUUUAAAAAAAUAUAUUUGACUCUUUCUCUUUUUAUUAUUCUUAUAAGUAUUAUUGAAUUCCGUAGAAUUGCAUUUUAAGAUUUCAAGACUGUUAUGGAAAUCCACAAUUUGUAAAUGAAAGCCAUUUUGAUGGCUUACUAACGGUGAUGACCAAUUUAUGACAUGGUUAAUUUAGCUCCUGCAGGUUUGAUGCUGGGGUUUGAGGUAAAUGUUGCAGUACAAAAGCAAACAAGCCUUUAUCAUGUUAAUGAAUAAAGCCAAACAUCUCUUUGUAUAGAGCAUGCUUUUAUGAAAGAAACAAAAUCUGUUAAACGUAUGUUUAUUUCAUGUGACUGACAUUGGUAUAGAAGCACAUGAAGACUUUCUGUUUGGUACUUGUUGCCAUGGCUACACACAUUGUUAAUUCCUGGUGAUUUACCUCGUGACGAGUAUGGGUUGAUCCUGUCAUGAUGUUCCCUUAAUGUUCUGAAUGUAGUCUCUGUGAUCAUACAGGCAAACAUCAUCAGUACUUCACAGGUUAGUAUACACUGUGUUCCUCCAUCACCCAUAAGUACAGAAGACCCGUGAAGAUCCGGGUAGGAUGGGUCUUCAGCAACCCAUGCUUGCCGUAAAAAGGCGACUAUGCUUCCUGUAAAAGGUGACUAAUGGGAUCGGG